UUCUUUCUCCUUUCGACACAACCAGCGACCCUGGGGAAUGGAACCCUCAACGAACAAACCUACCCAGCCUUUUUACCCCUCCAGUCCUUUAGCCAAACUGUCCCCGCUCGGGCGCGGAGCCGGCCCCUGCCGGGCAGCAGACUGGAUCCCCCGUCCAGCGUCGGCCUCGCCCGCCGCCCUGACCCCGAGCCGCAGGGGUGGCAGGCUCGGGGACACCAGGGCUGGACUCUGUCCGCUAGCUCCCCACGCCCGCAGAGGCCGGAAGAGCUGCCCCGCGCCCCUGGCCCCGGCGGCCGGAGGGCCCAGGGGUGCAACCCUGGGCGCCGAGGGCCGGCGCGCCACUAGCACAUCCCCGCCCGGGCCUGUUGGCCACGGCUUCUCCGCCGGGCUCUUACCCCGGUGCCGUUGUCGCACACCACCACCUUCCUGCCCUGGCUGUCCAUCGUCCGCCCGGAAGAGAGCCGCCGCCGCCGAACGACCUACAGCCCCUGCUGCCCGGCCCUUUCCUCUUCCUCCUCCUCUUUCACAGCCCCUCCUUCAGCCCAACUUUCUUCCCCCAACCGGAAGUCACUGCCCGGCCCCACCCGCCAUUUAAGACACAGCCUGCACGGAAGCGGUGGAGGUGGGAGGGAGGGGGCCGCGACUGGCAGCAGUACGCUCCAAUAAGAGAUGGAGCCUGCAACUGAGGCCCCGCCUACAACUCUGGCUUCAGCUUCUGUUCCAGCUCAGGCGUACGGGUUACCGCCCACCCAGGUUCUUCCUCACCGCUUUUAGUUCCUGGAUCUUCUCCCGGCCGUAAUGGCGGCAGAUCUGGCGGAUGCGUCGGCCAAAGGCGUUGCAGGAGUUGAGGGGGUCGCUUACCGGUCUGCAAAAGGCGACUUCUGCUCAUGCUGUAAACCCAGUGGUCACAUCUAUGAAGACUUUGCUGGAUAACCCUCAAGAUGCUCUUUACUCUCUUUCUUCACUAUUAGUUUACCGUGGGUAUGUGAAUAAUAUUUUUGUCCUUAUCACACUCAACAAAUAUUGGAUGAGUGAUAUUAAAAUUUAUCUAGAAAAAAUGCCAUCAUUUUUGAGAGGUGAGAACUAGAAUUGUGCCUUUCAUAUGGCUGUACAUGUACAGGGACUAGAAUAAAACCUGGAUCAUGA